AUGACACAGCACACACUGCAGCCACAGCACACCACACGCAGCACAGCAAAUCCCACACCAGCCGCCAGUUCCAAGCCCCUUUUACGACGUCGAGCCCACUGCAGUCAACACAUAAUCACAUAUAAGACAGUAGCAGAUCUAAAGGCAAAAUUCCCAAUACUUCAAGAUGGGCUCAAAGGACUUAUAUCGGCAGAAAUGGAGAGGGCAAUUAGUGAAGAAAAGUUCCUUAAGGAAGAACCAGACAAGCUAGAAAGUGCACUUCGACGAUGCAAGAAAUUAACUGGUACUCUGGUAACGCUUAAGAGGUUAGCAUCAGUUCAAGAGCAGCGAGUCCCUCCCAACCCUGCAGUUGGACCUAAUGCUGUUGCAAACGGUGAUCCCAGAAGCACCUCGCCCACCCACAAUGAAGAGACUCGUCCAUCGUCUACUAAGCAGCCCGGUGUUGUCGCGGGCCCUUACGUGGCACCCGCCGGUGUCGGUGCAGAUGGACAACCGCGCCUUCGUGCAGAGAACGCACUCGACGCUCUGUUAGACGAAUUGCAAACCUUCGCAAGGCCCCCAUCUGAGGCAGGGAGCCGCAAGAGUAGCAUCGAUGUAACACCCGCCACACCUCUGGCCACUGCUGCCCCGACCAGCCUCACUGUCACUUCCGCCCUUAGCACUACUAAUACGGGCGUCAGGCGGCUGCCGUCCUUCCCCAGUUCUGACUCCCAGUCGUCCCCAGUCAAGACCCCAGCCUCAGUAUUUCCUGGGGUGUCCAGCACACUCCCCAGGGCAGCAGGCAGCAGCAGCCAGGCGCCCCUGCCACCCCCGCGUGAUGAACACCGCCUUAGUGUGGCCUCCAAUGCUUCAGCAGGAUCUGGCCGAUCGUCUCCAAGGGGCAGCAUUAGUGGAGAGCCACACCGUUUGCCUCCCCCACCUCCCCCCCGGACCUCAUCUAAAUCCCCCAUGCUGUCCCCUUCCUCGCCCAUGAGUCCAGCCCCGAGGUCAGCCUCGGUUCCCCCAGGUGGGAUUGUGGCGACAGUGGUGGGCGGUGUGUUACGGAACUCUGAGGGUCGUGAAUUGUAUGGUCCGGUGCUGCGGCAACGGCCACCCCUUGGACGAGGUUCGUUUAGCGAAGACUCAACAGCCUCGUCAGCCUCCACCAACAGUUCGACGAGUAGCGCAAAGGCUGGGCAGCUAUCCUCCAACAGCAGCAGUACCGAGAGUGUCAACUCUCAGGAAGGAGCUGGGCAUCGCCAGCAAAAUACAAGCAAUGUGCCACCAACACCACCUCCAAAACAGAGGCAGGAAAAUUUAGAAGCAAGGCAUAUGGAGCUACUCAGGCGUCAGAAGCAGUUGCAAGAGCAAUAUCAACGCCUUCAGGCACUCCAGCGUUCAGGAGGUCGUCUCGCUCCGGCUAAUGUGGACUUAAAGAAAACAGGUAGUGAGAGUAAUCUGUCAGCACGCCUAGGCCUCUCCUUGGCACCAGUGUCACACGGGUCGCUCUCGAACCUUGCUUCGUCCCCAUCCCCAUCCCAGUCCCAGGCCUCUCAUACCAACACCCUCCCCAACCCCAAGACCUCCUCCUUAUCUACUGUGGGAGGGGACACGCACCUGACAACAAAACGCACUAGUGGUGGCCUGGUUGAAACAGAUAUUCUCUGAAGGCCCUGGGUUCUGUUAAUACACCGAGUAUAGAGGAAGACUCUCCUUAUUCAUGAGAAUAGGAUAUGUAAAUAUGUAAAGUUUAUACAUACAAGAAACUGCCAACAGAGAGACUAAGGGAAACUUACCAUGCAAUAUACGCUUUAUUUAGGACUCAUUUUGCGUCAUUUGACAAAACAAUUUUUGUCAUGGUUAUUUCAAGGUUUAUCUAUGUCAUUAAAAUCAAAAGACUUUUUGCCUACCAAACUCCUUGAUCAACAAGAAGAUUUUAAGGAUGAUUUCUUAUCUGAUGACAUACAUAAAGUUCCAAAAAAGGUGGACACAAAAAUGUUGCUCAAAAACAGGAUGCUAAAGAAAGCCAACAGAGGAAUAUAAUUAUAUGUUAUACUUGGUGUACUAUAAUGAGUGAGGAACAGAUAUUUCUGUCUGAAUAUAACAUGUAGUUAUAGUCCUGGCAAAAGGAUACAAGCAACGCUAAAAUUGUUUAAAAAAAGGUGUGCAAGUCUAUGAUCUUAAGCCAGCUUUGUAUGUCUGUAUAUUUAAUGAAACAACUGAUUUGUAUUACAUACUCAUUAACAUUUGGAGUGUGUGUGUGUGUGUGUGUGUGUGUGGUAAAAUCAAUAUUUAGAGAC